UACCAUUUACAAGUGAAUGAAAAAUAAUAAGUUGAUGAAAUUGUUUUUAACAUUAUUGUUGCAAUUACUUAGUUAUUAAAUAGAAAUGAGUACAAAAAGCAAUGCUAAAUCAAAAACUAAACAAUUAAGCAAGGAACAAUUAUUGGAAGCUAUACGCAAGAAAAGGGAAUGUAAUGCGCGAGCCCAGGCCAUUGUUGAGUCUCUGUUGGAACGUGAUAUCACCGAAGAUGAUUUUUUAUUAAAGUUAAAAGACAUUAAUCAGAGUCACUAUGAUGAUGUAGUCGAUGAAAGACACAUUUUACACUUCUGUUCAUAUCCUUUGUGUGAUGUUAUUGUGGAAAAUGUUCCCACCAAACAAUAUCAAAUAUGCACAGCAACCAACAAGGUCUUUGACGUAACAGAUCGUAAAAAAUUCUGCAGUACACAGUGCUUUAAAGCCUCCGAAUAUAUAAAAUCGCAAAUGUUAACAAGUCCGCUGUGGUUGAGGCAACAAGAAAUUAUACCACAGUUUAAAUUAUUAAAAAUCAAAGAAGAUGAUGAUGCAAUACUGGAAUUUGAAUCACUAAAAAUUAACUAAACCUAAAAUAAAAUGAUCGUGUUUUUUUUUAAUAAGUAUGUAUGUAAUUUUGUUUUAUUUUAUACUACAUUACAAUAAUUCAUAUUGAAAUAAAAAGUGUAAUCAAAUAUUGAUGUUUAAAAACUAA